AUGGGUUCAAGAAAUUAUUUAAACGCUUACUCUGGGCCGGAUGCUCUUCGGAACUAUUUCGAUCCCGACCACCAACCAAUGCUUCCUCUUGUCGAGAUUCCACCAAGCUUGAACCCGUACUACUACGAUGGGGUCAGGAUACACGCGAAGAUGAUGUCUAUGCACCCAUCAAACAACGUCAAAAUCAUGCCUGCGCUGAACAUGUUGACCAAAGAGGUUCAUCCGGAGAAGUCAAAAACAGUAGUUGAAUAUAGUUCAGGAUCUACUGUCAUCUCCUUAGCACUGGUGUCUCGUAUCAACCACGGGAUACACGAUGUUCGCGCCUUCUUGAGCAAUAAGACUUCGGCUCCUAAGCUCAGGCUCAUGCAAUUCUUCGGUUUGAAUAUUACGCUCUUUGGGGGCCCAUCCCAGCCAGAACCACAUGACGGACGCGGCGGCAUCCAUCGAGCCAGAGCCAUGGCAGAACAAGACGAAGCAAUCCUAAACGUUAAUCAGUAUGAAAACGAGGCAAACUGGCAAUCGCAUGUCAAAUGGACUGGACCGCAGAUUCACCAACAAUUACCGAACAUCAGCCUAAUGUGCGCAGGCAUGGGUACCUCUGGAACUAUGACGGGGCUCGGUCAGUACUUCAAAUCAGCCAAGCCGUCUGUAGUCCGACUUGGUGUAUGCACUGCCGCCGGCGACCGAGUACCAGGGCCUAGGUCUCUCGCUCUCUUGAGCCCUGUGGAAUUUCCAUGGCGCGACUCUGUUGAUGCGAUAGAAGAAGUCGGCUCGAAGGAUGCUUUCGGUUUAUCCUUACAACUCUGCCGAACAGGAUUGAUUUGCGGUCCAUCUUCGGGCUUCAAUUUGCAGGGGCUUUUCAGUUACCUUGGGAAAAGGAAAAACGCCGGCACUCUAUCCGAUCUCGCCGGCUUGAAUGGACUGAUUGACUGCGCCUUUGUGGCUUGCGACGGCCCAUAUCAGUACAUAGAUGAGUACUUCGAGAAGCUCGGUAGUGCCGCCUUUCGACCCAUACACAAUGAGAACCUUACCACAGUCGACCUAUACCGCUACGAUGAAGCAUGGGAACUUACACCUACACGAGUGCUGUCACAGUUUGCCGAUACUAUCGGGGAGCACACUCGCGCUGUAUUGCUUGAUCUGAGGAAGCCGGAGGAUUUCGUCACUAGUCACAUCCCAGGGUCAUAUAACCUGCCGCUACAAAGUCUCAAUGCCUUGACAUCAAGCCCCUUCUCAGACGCCACGGUCCUCGAGAAGCAAUGGAGAGAGUUGGAGGCUACAUUUACCAACGAGCGCAUCAAUGCGCACGAACUUGCUGGUAAAGACGUAUACAUCCUUUGCUAUGAUGGCGAUACCGCCCGCGUUGCCACGAGCGUGCUUCGCGCAAAGGCCAUCUCUGCAAGCAGUGUCAAGGGCGGUAUUAUCGCAUUACGGAAAGAGCUUCCGUACUUGCAAAUGAUGGGGCGCGGAAGGGGUUUGGUACAGCAAGACUGGCUGAAAAUGCCGGAGGUUGCUACAAAAGAGUUGAGAGCUGAUUCGUUGUCUCCGCAAGUUCGUGGUCAAGAUAGUAUCGCUGUGUAG